CCGCCGCCGCCGCGGGGAUCGUCAGGCCGGAGCCGCGCGGCCGAGCGGGCGGCGGGAGGGCUCGGCGGCGGGAGGCUCGCGGCGGCCGGCCGGCGGGGUCCGCCCGGGCCGGCAGCGUCCGCCGAGCGGCGGGAGGAGGGAGCGGCGCAGACAAAGAGCGGCGCCUGGGCGGGCGCUGAGCGGCCGCCGCCCCGGGACCCGCGCCGCUGCCCUCCGGCGUCGGCGGGCGGCCCACGGCGAGUAGGCUCCACGCCCAUCGUGAGCCCAACACGGGGGCCUGAACUCACCACCCCUAGAUCAAGACCUGAGCUGAGAUCAAGGAUCAGAUGCUUAACCGACUGAGCCACACAGAGGCCCCACAAACUAUUUCCAUCUGUAUAAGAGAGACCAGCAGUAACCGAGGAAACAGCUGUGGAUACCAGCAGUAACCAAAGAGAUGGUACUGUGGACUGGCCGAGAGAAGGCCUUAGGUAUGCAGCACCAGCAGCUCCCAACAUGGAACUAUGGACCAAACCAGCAGAUUCCAACAGGAAUAGAAGGCUACAGGAUGUCAUUUCUAAGGGGUUGUAGAUGUGCUCCAGAAACAUAGGCCAUUGUCUGUAAAAUGAUGAGGUCAUGAUUCAGAGAUGGAUUCAUGUGGAGAGAACUUAAGCUUUAGACGUGGUAAGCCAUCUGGCCGAAAGACAGAGCCAAGCAGGGGUGGAGUUGGCAUUUCAUUCCAGAGCCAAAGCUCGUUCACCAAAUCAGAUUUCCUAUGUUCCUUUUAUACAAGUGAUUGCCCAGAUCAUAAUUCUCUGCUGAGAUUUGGGUUGGAUUCAAGAAUUUGGAGAACUCCUGCAGCUUUGUAACUUCAGGCGUGUGACCAGCAGAGAACUUCACCUUUUGAGGAGUUCUGUAUUUUGCCAGUCAUCUCUUACAACUGAGUGCCAAAGAAGGACUCCAUGAAAGAUGACAGAGGAAGUUAUUGUGAUAGCAAAGUGGGACUACACUGCCCAGCAGGACCAGGAGCUGGACAUCAAGAAAAACGAGCGCCUAUGGCUGCUGGACGACUCUAAGACAUGGUGGCGGGUGAGGAACGCGGCCAACCGGACGGGCUACGUGCCCUCCAACUACGUGGAGAGGAAGAACAGCCUGAAGAAGGGCUCCCUUGUGAAGAACCUGAAGGACACGCUAGGCCUCGGCAAGACCAAGAGGAAGACGAGCGCACGGGAUGCAUCCCCCACGCCCAGCACGGAUGCCGAGUACCCCGCCAACGGGGGCGGCGCCGACCGCAUCUACGACCUCAACAUCCCCGCCUUCGUCAAGUUCGCCUAUGUGGCCGAAAGGGAGGACGAGCUGUCCCUGGUGAAAGGGUCACGCGUCACCGUCAUGGAGAAGUGCAGCGACGGCUGGUGGCGAGGCAGCUACAAUGGGCAGAUUGGCUGGUUUCCCUCCAACUAUGUCCUAGAGGAGAUGGACGAAGCGGCUGCCGAGUCCCCCAGCUUCCUGAGCCUGCGGAAGGGCACCUCCAUGAGUAAUGGCCAGGGCGCCCGGGUCCUGCACGUGGUGCAGACGCUGUACCCCUUCAGCUCCGUCACUGAGGAGGAGCUCAACUUCGAGAAGGGGGAGACCAUGGAGGUGAUUGAGAAGCCCGAGAACGACCCUGAGUGGUGGAAGUGCAAAAACGCCCGGGGGCAGGUCGGCCUAGUCCCCAAGAACUACGUGGUGGUCCUAAGCGACGGGCCCGCCCUGCACCCCUCGCAGGCGCCGCAGAUAAGCUACGCGGGCCCUGCAUGCAGCGGGCGCUUCGCGGGCCGAGAGUGGUACUACGGGAACGUGACGCGGCACCAGGCCGAGUGCGCCCUCAACGAGCGGGGCGUCGAGGGCGACUUCCUCAUUAGGGACAGCGAGUCUUCGCCCAGUGAUUUCUCCGUGUCGCUGAAAGCAUCAGGGAAGAACAAACAUUUCAAGGUGCAGCUCGUGGACAAUGUCUACUGCAUCGGGCAGCGGCGGUUUCACACCAUGGACGAGUUGGUGGAACACUACAAAAAGGCACCUAUCUUCACCAGUGAGCACGGGGAGAAGCUCUACCUCGUCCGAGCGCUGCAGUGACGGCCCCGCCCGCAGCCCCUGCCACCUCCAGGCCCUCGGUGCCGCACCCGCGUCCCCAGCGCCCGGCGGAUCUGCCCCAGGACGAAGCCGCGCUCGCGGGCCCUCGGGCGGCGGGCUCCGCUCGGGCCGGUGGUUCAUCGGUUCUUGGCUUCCUUUGCCUCGUUUACCUUUGCGUGCAGGUCGGUUCGUUUUUCCACUCGCCUCCCCUUGCCAGGCCGGGCCCUGACACCCACUUUCCGGCCUGCGCUCCUCCCGGCCAGGUUUCCAGAACGGGAGGUGGAAGAGGGCGAUGUUCGAUCACGUUACUCCUGCUCAACUGAAAACAGCCUCAGUCUGUUCAGGUUGUCGUGCUAACAGACCCCUCGUUAGACAGACGGCGGGCACAGCUGGAACGCACCGAAGCUGCCGUUAAUUAAGCGAACUACGGAAAGCCGGGGCCGGGCGCUCCUGCAGACGUCCGUGGCCCUGGGCCCGGCAGCCGCGACUCCGUGCCCUUUGCCCUUGCGUGGCUUCCAGACCGUCCAGGGAGUGGGCACGGCUGCUGGUAGCAAUACCGGAACCACGAGAUACGAGAGUAGUGAGGGAAGUCCAGUGCCUUCGGGGCUAUGCUUGCAAUAAGAGAAUUUCCUUGAAAGUCCGUCUGCAGAAGCGAGACCCGUGACUCAAAAAGACAGAUGUUGUGGUCGUUUAUCCCCCAGAUGUGCCAUCCGCAUAGUGCUUUUUCCUCUCGCCCUUCGGCUUGUUUAAAUUUCACAAUUAUGUAUUUAAUUCUCAAAAUAAUAUGUAUCCGUAGCCAUUUGUUGACACUAAUACAGAUGAUUAAGGAAAACAGCUGAUCUUUGGGGAAGGGGAGCUACUGUACACUUUACACGCACACACACACACACCAUAUAUAUAUAUAUAUAAUAUAUAUAUAUUAUUUGCUUUACAGGGAAUUUUUCAGGGUUUACAAGAGAAUAUGUGAUUGGUAGUAAGAGACACAGAAUGUUUAUGAAGAAAUUGCAUUUUCUUUUUUCUUUACAUUUGAACUUCUUUAUAGUUUAAAUAUACAGUCUUGAGAUGGCACAUUCCUACAACUGAAGAAGGGGUCUUGAGACCUCCUAAACUUGCAUACUCAGUUUUUUGGAUAUUGUAAUAAAAAAAAAAAAGUAUUA